CUACCGAUCGUUUUCACUAUGACGACCUUUGAACCAUCGCUCAGCACCUCACUGCGCGCAUCCUCCCACGAUGCGCCAUCCAUGGCCGACCAGCUUCCCUCCAUAAACUUCGGAUUCGACGAUCUGCGCAGUCGCAUGAACCAAUUCACAACGCGCUUCGACGAUUUCAUCGAAAAGGGGCGGCGGCGCGUCCUAGAAGAGCGCAACCAAUUCCGCAUGAACGUCGCCGAAGUCCAAGAGGACCAACGCACGAAGAAACGCUCCAUUGAAAUCCUCUCCCUACAACAGACCGCACACAGCAGCACGCUUGCCAAAGAAGCCGCCGAAACAAACGAAAUGCGCACCGCGAUCUCAACACUCACAGCGACCCGCGACGAACGACUCGCCCACCGCGACUCACUGCGCACGCAGAUCGCAUCGCUCCAGAAGUCUAUUGCUGCGCGUCGUGAUGCGCAGCUCAAGCAUAAGCGCUACCUUGAUGGCCAAGCCCGCUAUAAUGAGCCCGAGCUCGAUUUCUGGGAGAACUAUCUGGGAUUGAGGAUUGAGGGUGGAAAAGAGGAUACAUUGAAGUUCGUAUAUUCGAAUGUCUGUGAGCGGGAGUGGGAGAGGGAAGCGUGGUUUGUGUUGGAUACCAGCGAGAGGGAGUAUAAGGUACCGGAGGCGAGGCCGAAGGUGGAAGGGGAGGAGAUUGAGAGGGUUGUAGAGAGAUUGAACGAGGAUCGCGACCUUGCGGGGUUCUUGCGACGAAUGAGGGAGGUGUUUGUGGAGGCGUUGAAGUAA